AUGGGCCCCUUCUUUGCUACCAAAUCCAACCAGCUCUCGUCGGUCGCUAGAGCUGAAUUUGAUUUGAGGGAGAUGGAAAGAGACAAGGUUAAUGAUUUUGUGGUUAAUGGCAAGAUUAACAAGUUAAUUAAGUUAUUAUCAAAUAGAGGAUCCCAUAUAGUAACUUUACGAGAGCAUAACGUAGACGAACCAACACUAACCACAAAACUUAGGGGUGCAUACAAAAAUAAAAUUGAAAAAACAGAGCAUAGAUCAGUGAUCCGGACUCUGUUUUGGAAGAUCUCUAAAAAGCUUAGGAUCAUCAUCGGCAUCGCGCAGAUAGAAACCAUCAUCGAAAUUCUGCGAAUAGCUCACAGCAUCGUAGUGAAACGUCUUGUCUUGUUGUUGUGGUUACUGAUUCGAGCGUACUCUGUUUCUUCUGUAUGGAUGAGACAAGAUAACGGCGAACUCAAGCAUCGACCGGUGGAGUACGAUUGUCUACGGUUGUCGGCGAGAACUCUAUCCAUUUCUUGCAAAAAUAAAAGAGAGAUUGUUUUAUUGAUUGAGUGA